AUGGACGAAAUAGAAAAAAGAAAAGAAGUAUAUGGUAUAUGUGGAGAAUGUAAUGAACCUGGCACAGGUGAAAAUUGGUGUCAAUCUUGUAAUGCUAAAAGAUUUGAAGAAAAUUUUAAAAAUUGGACCAGUGGAAAUAAAGAUAUUGAUGAAUUAAUACAACAUUCACAACUUAAUGCUGUACAUUAUAAAACAUGUCUUGAAUGGAUACCUUAUGAAAAAUUUCAAAAUGUCACUUAUAUUACCAGAGGAGGCUUUGGUAAAAUUUACUCGGCUAAAUGGCCUGAAGGAUAUAUUAGAGAAUGGGAUAUUGAAAAUCAAAAAUGGAAAAGAAGAAUAUAUCAUAAAGUUGCAUUAAAAAGUUUGGAUAAUUCUUUUGAAAUUAAUACAGAUUUUUUAAAUGAGAUCAAAUCUUAUCUUCAGAUUUAUGUUUGGAAUAUUGUUUACUGCUAUGGAAUAACUCAAGAUCCAAAUACCAAAGAUUAUAUGAUGGUUUCAUAUUAUUUUAAAAAUGGAAAUUUAAGAAAUUUCUAUUUAAAUAAUUCGGAUAAUAUAAAACUUUGUAGAUUAUCAAAAAUUGCAAAUGGACUGUUAAAUAUCCAUAAUUCUGAAAGAAUCCAUAAAGACUUUCAUUCAGGCAAUAUUUUAUGUGAUACCUCUUUCUCUAUAAGUGAUUUAGGAAUGUGUCAACCAGCAAAUAAUAAAGAGAAAUCAGAUAAAAAAGAAGGCGUUUAUGGAGUAUUACCUUAUAUGGCACCAGAAGUUUUACGUGGAUAUCAAUAUACAAAAGCAGCUGAUAUUUAUUCAUUUGGAAUAAUUAUGAAUGAAUUCCUUUCUGAAGAAAUUCCUUUUAAUGAUAUUCCUCAUGAUCAUAUUUUAGCUAUUAAAAUAUGUAGAGGACUUAGACCAAAAAUUUCUGAAGAUAUUCCAAAAUUUCUUGUAGAUUUAAUUAUGAAAUGUUGGGAUUUUAAUGCAGAAAAUAGACCAUCUGUUAAAGAAUUAUAUCAAAUAUUAAAAUUAUGGAAUCAAGAAGAUGAGAAAUCCGAUAGUGAAAUUCGUGCUCAGAUGAAUGAAUAUUAUGAAAAAAUUAGAGAAAAAAAAUUGAAAAACAGAUCAAAUGAAAAUGAGUCUGAUAGUAUUAAAACUCAUCCUCAAGCAAUUUAUACAAGUAGACUUUUAAAUUUCAAAGAUCUUCCAGAACCAGUAAAUUCUUCAGACUUAUCAUCAUUUCAAAUUAAUGCAGAUUAUAUCCCAUCAGUAUCAGAAAAUCUAAUUUCAGAAUGCUUUGAUGUUCAAUUUAGUGAAUCAGAGUUUGGAUCAGUCAAUCACAAUUAUUUGUCUCCAAUAACACUGAUAAAGCAAUCUGCAGACGAAAAAUCUGCAAAUAAGCAACCCGCAGUCGAGCAACCUAUAAGAAGUCAUGGUUCAACUCCUAAGAUGAAAUAUCUAAACAAGAAAAAUCAAGAAAAAUUAAAAAAUUAA